GAGAAGAAUUUUAUGAAGCUUCCCCCUACGAGCCAGUCACCUCUCGUCUCUCUGAUAUAUUCAGACUUGCUUCAAUUUUCUCAGGAAUGGACCCGACCACCACCUCCAAAAGCAACCACUGCCUGGACGCCGCCAAAGCCUGCAACCUGAACGACAACUGCAAGCGCCUGCGCUCGGGCUACAUCUCCACCUGCAGCAGGGAGCUCUCUGCCAGCGAGCCCUGCAGCCGCCGGAGGUGCCACAAAGCCCUGCGCCAGUUCUUCGACCGCGUGCCCGGCGAGUACACCUACCGCCUGCUCUUCUGCUCCUGCAAGGACCAAGCCUGCGCCGAACGUCGCCGCCAAACCAUCGUCCCCUCCUGCUCCUACGAGGACAAGGAGAAACCCAACUGCCUGGAUCUCCGUAACGCCUGCCGGGCUGAUCACCUCUGCAGGUCCCGGCUGGCCGAUUUCCACACCAACUGCCAAGCCACCUUCCAGUCCCUGACCAGCUGCCCCGGGGACAACUACCAGGCGUGCCUGGGCUCCUACGCGGGGCUCAUCGGCUUUGACAUAACGCCCAACUACGUGGAUGCCAGCACCACCAGCAUCACCAUCUCGCCCUGGUGCUCCUGCAAAGGCAGCGGCAACAUGGAGGAGGAGUGUGAGAAGUUCCUCCGAGACUUCACGGAAAACCCUUGUCUCCGAAAUGCCAUCCAAGCCUUCGGCAACGGCACCGACGUGAACGUCUCCCCCAAGAACCCCUCGCCCCCCGUCACCCUGCCACCAAAGACAGAGAAGAGCCCUGUCUUGCUGGAUGACAUCAACGACAGCAACACCAUGUACGACACGAGCAUCAUCACCACCUGCACCUCCAUCCAGGAGCACGGACCGAAGCUAAACAAGUCCAAAGAGCAGAGCCUGUGCUACUCAGAGACCCAGCUGACCACGGACGUCAUGCCAGACCAGAAAACCUUCGUGGACCAGAAGGCCGGUGGCAGCCGACACCGGGCGGGCCGGAUCCUGCCCGUU